AAAGAAAAAAUAAGUCUAGUCAACCGCCCACCGCAGGAGACUGGGGGGGAUGUUCCACCACCAUCCUGGAUUUACAACCAUUUCAAGGAUAUUUGAGCACAAAGACGACAUUUUGGAAACUGUGAUAUUGGAGUAAGCCGACAUCUUGGAAACCUUCACCGCCAACUGACGUUUGAGGCCACAUGAUUGAGCGGCCGUUUUACCUGUGUGGCUGAAGACUCAAGGAGCAAACAAUGGAUCAAAACUUGUUUGGAGGAGUGCCCAGGUUUCUCACCCGCCCAAAGGCGUUCUCAGUGUGUGCAGGCAAGGAUGCCACACUGAGCUGCACUAUCGUGGGCAGCCCGACUCCACUGAUCACCUGGGAAAAGGACAAGCUCAAACUGACAUCUGGGGGCCGCUUCAAGACCGUGGAGGAUGGAGAUGUGUACCGCCUGACCAUCUAUGAUUUAACACUGGAGGACAGUGGCCAAUACAUGUGCCGAGCCAAAAACAACGUCGGGGAAGCUUAUGCUGCCGUCACCCUCAAAGUGGCCCUGCCAGCAGAAAUGGCUCAGAGGGCCCCUGUAUUCACGGUUAAACCUACCUCUACACGUGUAGGUUUGGGAGGAGAUGUUGUUUUCCACUGCCGAGUUGCAGCUUACCCUGACGCCAACUUUGAUUGGGAAAAAGACGGGCGCUACUUGGGGGAGUCGAACCGUAUCAAGAUAGUUUCUGACAGUGACAGCAGCACCUUAAAGAUCCAAAGUGUGCGUAACCUGGACAGCGGCACCUACACCUGCAGGGCCCAGAACACUGUUGGCCGUUCACAGGCUGCAGCAGCUCUUGUUGUAGAUGCCCAGGAUUCCCACCACCUGUCUGGAGACAAAAACACUUCCCUGCUUUCUCACCUACAAAAGCGCAAGGAGGAAAUGAAGAAGGACAUCUCGAUAUAUCGCACUGAAGAAAGCAGAUCCUCUGUUACCUCCUCCACCACAGCUAACAUCACAGAUGGUUUGAGUCUGGAAUAUGAGCUGAGGGCAUCUGCUCUUGCAAAGCUGCCCAAAGGUGUGUUCACCCGUACCUGCACAGUGACUGAAGGCAAACAUGCCAAACUCAGCUGCUUUGUAACGGGUCACCCUAAACCGCACAUUAUCUGGAGGAAGGAUGGAACAAACAUCAGCGAAGGCCGCAGGCACGUCAUUUAUGAGGACCAAGCUGAGAACUUCAUCCUCAAGAUCCUGUACUGCAAGCAGACCGAUAAUGGUCUCUACACCUGCAAUGCAACCAAUUUGGCUGGGCAGACCUACAGUGCUGUGUUGGUAACAGUCAAAGAGCCUGCAGUGCCAUUCAGGAGGAAGCUGAAGGAUGUGGAGGUCCAAGAGAAAAUGUCAGCCACAAUGAUGUGUGAGGUGCCCGUUACUUCCACCCAAGCCAGCUGGUUCAUGGAGGAGACGCGGCUGCAGCAAAGCAGCAAAUAUAACAUGGAGGAGGAAGGGACCCUGCGUCGUCUCACCAUACACAAUGUCACCACCAAUGAUGAUGGUGUUUAUAUUUGUGAGAUGAAAGAGGGCAGUCGCACUGUGGCUGAGCUCACUGUCCUGGGCAACAUUACCAAGAAGCUUCCCCGCAGGACAGUGGUUCCUGUCAGUGACACUGUUAUCUUCUGUGUGGAGCUGGAGCAUCCCAUCCCAGAUGUCUACUGGACCCGCAAUGGCGAGAAACUGAAGGAGGAUUCCCGUAUUUCCAUUGCCUGCGUGCUCAGGCAGUACACACUCACAAUUAGAGACUGCCAGGCAGAUGACUCAGGAGAGGUGGCCUUUGUAGCUGGAGACUGCAAGACAUCCACUCGAUUCACUGUCACUGCUGCCAGGAAACAUCCACCCGAUCCCCCAGUCGACGCAGUGGUGCAGAACAAGACUGACUCAUCCAUCACUAUCCGGUGGUCUCCUCCUGACAGCGACCGCCCUGUCCCCAUCAAGGGCUACAUUGUGGAGAGGAGGAAGGUUGGCACUCAGACAUGGCAGAGGUGCAACCCUGGGGAAACCAUUGUCUCAACAGAGAUCAUCAUCUGCAACUUCACAGAAGAAGCCACCUACCAGUUCCGUAUCUCUGCUAUGAAUGACUUUGGCCAGAGUCCUUACCUGGAGGUGCCUGGAACCUUCUACCUAGAACCCAGUGCUGAAAUCAGGAGAGGCCUGACAAACUCUGCUGCAGUCUCUGGUGAGGAGUUCUCGAUCUCUGUGGAGCUGUCUGCUGUUUGCUCCGGCUUCUGGUCUCUAAACGGCCGCCUCCUGCGCAGUGGAGCCGACUACCUCAUCACCAGGUCCAAGAACACACACACUCUGCUCAUCCGUGUCGUCACCAUGGAAAUGAACGGAAAUGAGAUCAAGUUUGUGGGUGGAGGCUCGCAAAGCAGUUGCAUCCUGUCUGUGAAGGUUCCUCCUGUUAGGUUCACCAACAAGUCAGACGUAUCGGAGGUGGUGACCUGCAGUGCCCAAGCCACUGCUCAGUUGACUGCUGAGGUGUCAGAUUACGAUGCACAGGUGGUUUGGAUGAGGAAUGGACGGGAGUUGAAAACUGGAAAGAAGUAUGAAUAUAUGUUCACUGACCGCAAGAGGAUCCUUAUGAUACACAACGUCACAGAGGAAGACGUGGGCAUCUACGAGUGUGUUUUAGCUGAUGACAGAAUGUCCAUCCAACUCAGUCUUAAAGAUGAACCGGCCAAGUUUUUGAACAAAACCAGAGGUCCCAUGGGAUUGGCAUCGUCCCUUAAAGGAGAUCUUGAGCUGAGCUGCGAGGUAUCUCCCGCCAGUGCGGUCGUUGUGUGGAAAAAAGAUCAAGUGAAGAUCAUUGAGGACCAAAGAACUACCUUCAUCUCCAAAGGGACUCAAAGGAAACUCAUCAUCAGGAAUGCCAAGAAAAGUGACGAAGGACAUUAUUCAUGUGAGACAGAAACAGACAAAGUCACAUUCCAGGUCAAGAUUAAAGAAACUCAAGCUGUAGCUGUGUUCUCCAACAAGGAGUCAGUCCAGAAGGAGGUGAAAGCUACUCUCUCCCAGAAAGCCACUCUUAGUUGCAAUGUUUCAGACAGCAAGACAGAGGUGAAAUGGUAUAAAGACGGCAAGGUGUUGAUAUCCAGCAGGACGAUAUACUCAGAAGUAAAAGGCAACACUCGUCAGCUGGUGAUUGAAAAGGUGGAGAAGGGCGAUGCUGGAGAGUAUACAUGUGAAGCCGGAGGGGAGAAGCUGGCCUUCAGGUUAUUUGUGUCAGAUUUUCAGUCAGCAUUCUUCAACAAGGAGUCAGUCCAGAAGGAGGUGAAAGCCACUCUGUCUCAGAAAGCCUCCCUGAGCUGUGACGUAGCUGAUACCAAGACAGAGGUGAAAUGGUACAAGGAUGGCAAGCUGCUGACUCCCAGCAAGACAAUACACACAGAGUCGAAGGGUAAAAGUCGCCUGCUGGUGAUCGAAAGUUUGGAGAGGAAGGAUGCUGGAGAAUACACGUGUGAAGCCGGGACUGAGAAGCUGGUCUUUAAAAUGCAGGUGGAAGAAACAGCAGUUUGA